AUUUCACAAAUUCCAAUCGUAGCUGUCUGCUCUGUUUCAAAAAGGCAGUAUUUCGCAGAAAACUAAAAACUGGACAUAUUAUAAGGCGAUUUUCAAUUCUGCUUGAUACGGAUUACAGAGAGCCAUGAGGCUCAAAACUAAUUUACAGAAGGAACCUAAACAUGCGGAACUUGUAAGCUGUGUAGGAUGGACAACUCCGGAGGAACUGUUUUCUGGUGCUGAUGAUCAUCUUAUUCUGAAGUGGAACCUCGUAAAUAAUGAAACAACUUCACUAGUCAAACUACCAGAGGACGUUUUUCCCACAGAUAUGCACUGGUUUCCUAAGGCAGCCACAGGAGGAGGGAAGAAAACGGGGUCAGAUUUAUUCUGUCUCACAUCUACAGAUGGAAAGUUUCAUCUGAUCAGUAAAACAGGACGAGUUGAGAAGAGUGUGGAAGCACAUAAAGGGGCUGUGUUAUCAGGACGGUGGAGCUAUGAUGGUUCAGCCUUACUGACCGCUGGAGAAGAUGGCCAGGUGAAAGUAUGGUCAAGAAGUGGCAUGCUACGAUCAACACUCACACAGAACAGUACUUCAGUAUAUGGAGUGGCUUGGGGUCCAGAUUCUGACCAAGUGUUGUUUACAAAUGGUCGGCAGCUUGUAAUAAAAUCUCUUCAAGCAAAUGCUAAACCUACAAUGUGGAAGGCACAUGAAGGUGUCAUCUUACAGGUAGACUGGAACCCAGUAAAUAACCUCAUUCUGUCAGGAGGAGAGGAUUGCAGAUAUAAGGUAUGGGACACGUAUAGCAGACUGAUGUACAGUAGUUCAGUACAUGACUACCCUAUCACCUCAGUGGCAUGGACUCCAGAUGGUGAACUCUUUGCAGUGGGCUCAUUUAAUACACUCAGACUCUGUGAUAAAACUGGGUGGUCAUAUGCCUUAGAGAAACCCAACACUGGUAGUGUGUUCAAAUUGAGUUGGUCAAGCGAUGGUACACAAGUGGCUGGAGCUUGUGGGAAUGGUCAAGUUCUAAUUGGUCAUAUACUUGAAAGGAGGUUAGAGUGGAAUAAUUUUGAGGCAACAGUUACAGAAAGCAAAAAGAUAGUUGUCCGGAACGUCUUAAACGAGACAUACGACAAACUUGACUUCAGAGAUCGUGUCAUUAAAGCAUCGCUAGCAUUUAAUUACCUUGUUGUAGCCACGUCAUCUCAGUGCUAUAUUUACAGUGGAGAAGCAAGUGAAGCUAGAUUUUGUACAAAGAACUUCAAUACACCAAUGAUCUUUGAUCUCAAGGAAGGCAAUGUGUCCCUUAUAAUGCAAGCAGAAAAACAUUUCCUCCUCAUUGAUGUAGCUGGAGUUUAUGUAUAUACAUAUGACGGAAGGUUAGCGUGUUCACCCAAGUAUCCUGGUCUCCGAGCAGAUAUCCUCAACUCACAGACUGUCUCUAUCAGUAAUGACACUGUAGCAAUCAGAGAUAAAGCUGACGAAAAAGUUGUAUAUGUGUUUGAUGCUCUCAGUGGUAAACCACUUGGUGAUGGAAAGCCUAUCACACAUAAGUUGGAAGUAAUGGAAAUAGCAUUAGACCAGUGUGGUCCAGGUGCAGAGAGACGUCUAGCCAUCAUAGAUAAAAACAGAGACUUAUACCUUACUUCUGUCAGAGUGUUUGGUACAGACAGGAAAACAGUGAAACUAGGUACUAUGAUAAUGUCACUGGCCUGGAAUGAUGCCACCAAUAUGUUAGCUGCUCUUGCUGAUGGUAAAUUCACAGUCUGGUACUAUCCUAGUGCUGUGUAUGUAGACAGAGAUCUGCUGCCAAGAACUAUCUUUGAAAAGGAAGCCAGUGAGUUUGGAAAGAACCCACAGUUACUACAGUUUGUGGGUAAUCAUAUAGUGAUCAGACGUGCGGAAGGUUCUCUCGUCAGUACAUCUAUCUCUCCCUACCCAGCCAUACUACACAGUUACAUCCAGUCAGGACGAUGGGACGAUGCUGUCAGGUUGUCUAGGUUUGUCAAGGAUGAGACACUGUGGGCGUGUUUAGCAGCCAUGUCAGCAUAUGCAAAAGAGUUGAACACAGCUGAAAUAGCAUAUGCAGCCAUACAAGAGGCAGAUAAAGUACAGUUUAUUCUGAAUAUCAAGGAUAUUCCAGUAAAGGAUGCAAGAAAUGCUGAGAUGGCAUUAUUAUGUGGUAAUCCACAAGAUGCUGAGGCUAUACUGUUACAGGCAGGACUUACUUUCCGAGCUAUCUUACUCAACAUUCAACUCUACAACUGGGACAGGGCGUUGGAGUUGGCAGUGAAACACAAGACACAUGUAGAUACAGUGCUUGGUUAUAGACAGAAGUAUAUGACACAGUAUGGAAAACAGGAAACAAAUAAACGAUUCCUGCAAUACAAGGAGGGAAUUGAGAUAGACUGGGAAAAAAUUGAAGCAAAAAUAGAAAUGGAAUACCAGAAGGAAAGAGAGCGCCCAGAGAGACCUGUAUCCACAGCAACAACUGCUGGUUCCCGUAGUGGUGGAACCAGGCCUGCUGUCAAGACUUAACACAGCUAACUUGUGAUUAAACAACAGAUCUGAACAUUUCUUGAGAACAGCUGAUCGACUCUAUAUUUAAAAACUUUCUCUGAUGAAUAAUCUGAGAAGGAAUUUGGAAUUAGUGGUUUAAUACACUACUGUCAAACUUCGUUAACUCGAACUUGGAUGAUUCGUACUUUUCGUCAGGUCCCGGAAAAAUCCAUGUAUUAUGUAAUUUGUUUGAUAACUCAAAGGACCAAUCACUCGAACAAAUUUUGCUGGUCCCGCCUAGUUCAAGUUAACAAAGUUUGACUGUAUUUAUUGAUCUAUUAAAAUACUGUUAUAUCUUUAACAAUUUUGAAUUAUGGAGACAACAUAGAAUGCAAUUUAGCAUAACAAAAAAGGCAGGUUCUGUUAUUGUAAAACUUUCCUGAUAUUUUGUAACUUUGUGUGCAGGUGAAGAAUAGUUGUUUAAUAGAUUGUGAUAUAUUUUUCAUGUAAAUACAAGAACUUGUAUGUAUGUACAAGUAAAAUAUUUAUUUAUGGCACCAAUAACAUUCCGUCCAUGACUUGACUUACUUGUUUUUGAAAUUGUCAGUCUUUAAUAAUUAUUCAUCAUGUCCUUAAUUACUUAUCAUCAUAGCCAUUUUCUGAAAUGCAUAUAAAAUCACAUCAGAGUACAAAUGUACCACAUGUUUAAGAUUUAAGUAUGAAGUCUUCAAGAUGGCCAACUGGAGAUAAGGUACAAUUCUGAUGAGCUCCAGCCACCAGUUUUCAUUUUGCAAAUGGCUAUGAAAAUUCUACCCAGGUGCCUUGUGGUACGUGUACUUGGGUUUUUUCCCACUUCCAAAGCUAGAAUAAACCCAUUUUACCUAAAUUGUGAGUGUGAUUUGAAACCCUGUUUUCAAGUAAAUUUACUAUAGUUUUCAAUAUUCAAUGACAUAUCUUUUAACAACACUGGUAUAAUGGAGUUCUUGUUCAGAUGCAUUUAGUCAUACAGAGAGCAUUACGAUAUACAUCAUUUGAGAUUUUAUGAAUUAUUAAAGGGAAAAACAGUACUUGGAGUUAGCAGUCACAAAGUAUGUUUGGUAAUAAAAGAUUUUGACUGGAUAUAGUCACAAAGUAUGUUUGGUAAUAAAAGAUUUUAUUUGAAUAUCCAAUGAAAGUUUUUGAGAAAAUGUAACCUGAUAAAGGUAGGUAAAAAGGAAUAUAUGAAGUUUUUUGGUAGAAGCUUCCUGUUCAUUCAUCAAAUUUUUUAUAUUGUUAGUGUAAUGGUAUUAUUUAUUUCUCAUUGAUGAGUUCUUGAUUUUUUUCUCAUUCUGCCAUCAAUGAUAUUUUAUGUAUUAAAAUAUUUUUAUACAUA